GGGCGGCGGGGGCCGGGGUGACAUUUGUCCGGCGGGGUGGGGAAGUGUCCGCUUGUUGCCUCUCUCCGGGCGGGGCUGUCGGACCGGCUCGCGGCAUGGGUGACCAAGCGCUCAGCUUCGUCAAGGACUUUCUGGCCGGCGGGAUCGCCGCCGCCGUCUCCAAGACGGCUGUCGCCCCCAUCGAGAGAGUGAAGUUGCUGCUGCAGGUCCAGCAUGCCAGCAAACAGAUCACGGCCGAUAAGCAGUACAAGGGCAUCGUGGACUGCAUAGUCCGCAUCCCCAAGGAGCAGGGCAUCGCCUCCUUCUGGAGAGGCAACUUGGCCAAUGUCAUCCGGUACUUCCCCACCCAGGCCCUUAACUUCGCCUUCAAGGACAAGUACAAGCAGAUCUUCCUGGGCGGAGUGGACAAGCACAAGCAGUUCUGGCGCUACUUCGCAGGAAACCUUGCGUCCGGGGGUGCCGCGGGAGCCACCUCCCUCUGCUUCGUCUACCCUCUGGAUUUUGCCAGGACCCGGCUGGCGGCUGAUGUGGGCAAAGGAGCCACCGAGAGGGAGUUCUCUGGCCUGGGCGACUGCAUUGUCAAGAUCUUUAAGUCUGAUGGCUUGAAGGGCUUGUACCAAGGAUUUAGUGUGUCUGUCCAGGGCAUCAUCAUCUACAGAGCAGCCUACUUUGGGGUAUACGAUACGGCCAAGGGUAUGUUGCCUGAUCCAAAGAAUGUGCACAUCAUAGUGAGCUGGAUGAUUGCCCAGAGUGUCACUGCAGUGGCAGGGCUGGUUUCUUAUCCUUUUGAUACUGUGCGACGUAGGAUGAUGAUGCAGUCUGGCCGAAAGGGAGCUGAUAUUAUGUAUAAGGGCACAAUUGAUUGCUGGAGGAAGAUAGCAAAAGACGAAGGAUCCAAAGCGUUCUUCAAGGGUGCCUGGUCGAAUGUGUUGAGAGGCAUGGGCGGAGCUUUUGUAUUAGUACUUUAUGAUGAAAUCAAGAAGUAUGUCUAAGACAUAACAUCAUAAUGCAGUAGUUCAAUUGUUCUCAAUCAACUUUUUUAAAAAUACGAACUUGUGAUGUAAUGGACAACAAAAUAUUUCCUAGGGAAACAAUAAAAUUUGAGUAAUGUAUGUGGCAGAGAUAAGGACGCAUUAAUUUAAAAAUUGUUCACAACAUCACAGUUACAUUUUCUAUGAGAAUUCCUCCACCAUUUGUAUUGGAACCUGUGUAUAUAUUAUACUUCAAAUUGCAGGUAAUAGAUUUUGUCUAAAGACAAAAUAUAAAUGAUCUAUACCUAGUCUAAAAUCUAAUAUUGUGAAUUCUUAAUAGAUUAUCAUAAAUAUUUAUUAUACUAAUUAAUGUCUCUAGCUACCCAACACUGUGAUGACAUGACUUAAAAUCAUGUUUUCUUCUAAAGCUCUAUUUUUAAUAUAUUAUUAAGUGAAAAGUAUGUCUGAAAUCAUAAACUAUAUUAAAGUUAUAAUAAUCACUAGGCUGAAGAACUCACCACUAGGCUGAGUUCUUAACUGUAGCCUCUUCCCUGACAAACUAUACAGUAAUAUGGUUGAAACUGUAAUCUGAUUUUUCAGACAUACUUUGUAAAAUAUGGAAAUACAAUGUUUCAAAAAUUCCCUGUAUUGUCACAAAGGAAAAAGUUGUCUGCUCUGAUGUUCAAUUGAACUAAAACUGAAAUGAAAUAAAUUAAUAUAUUAAUGAA